CUUGGACUCAAACCUUCUCCGUCUACUCCAAACUCUACCUGCUAGGCUGCAACCAAAGCCCCACAAAAUGGCACUUUUCACUCUCUCAAAGAAGCUCCCGUUCCCAAGAAUCUAUCCUCAAUUCUUCCUCACCCUUCUCCUCCGCCCCGUUUCCUCACAUUCACUUCAAACUCUCUCUCUCACAUUUCCUCGAACACCUCUACACAAGCCGCGUUUCUCAGUUCCCCGGCACCUCUCUACCCAAACACUCUACGACCCAUUUGAUUUGAUCCGUUGCAAAGAGGAUGUCUGUGAUCCACUCAAAUCGGGUCUUCCCGAAUUGCUCAAACGGCUUGAGGGUUUGUCCUCGGAAGCCGAGGUCAUGGCUGUUCUUGAUGGGUCCGGAGUGGAGCCGAACCAGGAGUUGGUUUAUUGGGCGAUUUGGGGGUUGAGAGAGGAUUGGAGAUUGGCGUAUUGGGUGUUCAAUUGGGGUGAAAAAUGGGGUUGUAAUAGUGAGAGGACUCGUGGGUUGGUGAUAUGGAUACUGGGGAAUUGUAAAAAGUUCGGUGUUGCUUGGUGUUUGAUUCGUGAGUUGCAUCGGUCUUCGGUGGAUACUCGCCGGGCAAUGCUCAUCAUGAUUGAUCGAUAUACUGCUGCAAAUGAUCCAUGCAAAGCCAUUAAAACAUUCCACAUUAUGGAGAAGUUCAGACUAUCUCCAGAUCAGGAAGCAUUCUACACACUGCUGACUGCUCUAUGUAAACAUGGGAAUGUUGAAGAUGCUGAAGAGCUCAUGUUUCAAAAUAAGAAGCUCUUUCCUUUGGAGACUGAGGGCUUCAAUAUAAUUCUUAAUGGAUGGUCUAAUGUAGCUCUUGAUAUAUUUGAAGCCAAGAGAAUUUGGAGAGAAAUGUCAAAAUGCUGUAUUGUUCCUAAUGCAACUACUUAUACUCUUAUGAUUUCCUGCUUCAAAUUUGGAAAUCUUUUUGACUCACUGAGAUUGUUUGAUGAUAUGAAAAAAAGGGGUUGGAUCCCUGGCCUGGAGGUUUACAAUUCUUUGAUAUAUGUACUAACUCAUGAAAAUUGCUUGACGGAAGCUCUCAAAAUCCUGGGAAAAAUCAAAGAGAUGGGCUUGCAACUGGAUUCUGCCUCUUACAACUGCAUGAUACGUCCUUUAUGUAAAGCAAAAAAACUAGAAGAGGCAAGAACUAUAUUGGCUGCUAUGAUAGGGGAAAAUCUAGGUCCAACUACUGAAACUUACCAUGCAUUUCUUGAGGGUGCUAGCUACGAAGAAACUUUUGAAGUGCUUAAACAAAUGAGAACAGCUGGUUUUGGUCCUAAUGGUGAUACGUUUCUUCUUAUUCUCGAUAACUUAUUCAAGUUAGAUCAACCUGAGAAUGCAUUGAAGAUUUGGGUAGAAAUGAAACAGUUUGAUGUAGUGCCUGGUUCUGAACAUUUCAAGUUACUGAUAGAAGGCUUGACAAAAUUUGGCUGGUUAGUUAAGGCAAGAGAAUUGUAUGCUGAGAUGAGAUCAAAAGGAUUUUUGGAUGAUCCAAAGCUUAAGAAGCUUUUGAAGGAUCCAGUAGAAGGCGAUAGUGGUGAGAGAGAAGGGUGGAUGAGGCAAGGCAAGACAGAUGUGAGAUUACAUCAUGGGAAAAGCAGUAUGAUGAGAUGGAAAAGACUGGGAAAUCAAUCAAGAAAAAGGCCUCCACUUGUAAAAUCUAAUUUGAAGCUCUGACUAAACAUAAAACCCAAAAGCUCGGUGAAAAGGUCUGUGCCUGGUAAGAAUUGCUGAUCAUGCUAAUCAUGAGAAACUAGUAUCAUAUCUAUAUUGGGGAAACCCCUGAAAGACCUGCAGCUGCAUAAGGUUUAUACUCAGGAAUCUUGAGGCCAGUUGGUUUCGUGGCCUGUUUAAGCCGAAUGAAUUUGGUGUCGCUUUAUGGGAGCAAUUUUGAUCUUUUGCAUAUUGCUACUAUCUUUAUGAGGAAAGUUUCAUUGGAAAUCUUCAAAUUUACAGAUUCAGUGCUUUCAUCAGUCAUUGCCAUUAUUCCUGGUUGGAACAGGAGAACAUUUCUCAUCUCCCCAUCCUGGGAGUGUGAUGAUGGUGAGCCCAGAAUGCUGAUGAGGCUGAAGCCCAGGGUCUCUGGAAUACCCUGAUCAUAUUCAAAAUGGAGGAUGCUUUAAGCAGGGAAGAAAUAUGCCCAGGUCUGCAAAACCAACCUUAUGCAAUCUGCAGCAGGGAAUCAAUCAGAUCAAUUUUGCAAUUGAAGAGUUGUUGAAAGAAUCUGUACAAGACAAUGGUGAUAAGAUUGAAGACAACACAUGAUCAACCCGUAUAUCUAUAGACUCUGGGCCCAAAAGGCAUGUACAAAAGAAUAUGCUUUAUUCUUUAGGGAGCACAAGAGGCCAAGAGUUAUUUUUUA